AUGUUUGACGAAAAGUAUGCCGCAGACGGCAAGGUCGAUGGACUACCCGAAAAAGACCUGGAGAAAAAAUUGGACGCGAAGCAAUUGGAGCCCUUUGGAAAUGAGGAAACAGCCGAGAUCAAGUAUCGGACUAUGAAAUGGUGGCACUGUGGAAUGCUCAUGAUCGCAGAGAAUGUCUCUGUCGGAAUUCUGUCUUUGCCAUCCGCAGUGGCUACCCUCGGAAUGGUUCCCGCUGCUAUCAUGAUUCUGUUUGUCUCUGCUCUUUCAUGGUAUACCGGCUAUGUCAUUGGCCAAUUCAAACUUCGUCAUCCCGAGGUUCACAGCAUGGGAGAUGCCGGCGAGAUCUUGAUGGGUCCCUUCGGCCGUGAGUUGCUAGGUCUUGGCCAGCUGCUGCUGUUGAUCUUCCUCAUGGCGAGCAACAUUUUGAUGUUUAACAUCCUGAUGAAUGUAUUGACCGAUCACGGUACCUGCACGUUGGUGUUUGGUGUCGUUGGACUGAUCAUCUGCUUUUUGGGCGCCUUGCCUCGCACUAUGGACAAAGUCUACUGGAUGUCCGUCAUUUCAUUCUUGAGUGUCUUUGUUGCGACAGUGUUGACCAUGAUCACCGUGGGAGUCGAGAGCAAAGGACAUAUCAAGAACGAAGCCACCACGGAUGUCAGCUUCCGCGAGGGCUUUUUGGCAGUGACAAACAUCAUUUUCGCUUAUCUCGCCCACGUUGCGUACUUUGGCUUCAUGUCCGAGACAGAAGACCCACGCACAUUCAACAAGUCACUCGCCAUGCUUCAAAUUGUCGAUACCGUCCUGUACCUUGUUAGUGCACUGCUCAUCUACCAUUAUGUGGGACCGGAAACAGCCACCAGCCCCGGUGUCAAAUCGCCUGCCAUUCUCUCCCUGAGCCCGUUGAUGGGCAAGAUUGCCUGGGGUCUUUCAAUUCCGACAACUAUUCUUUCUGGAGUUGUCUUGGGUCACGUCGCGUGCAAAUAUAUCUACGUGCGUAUGUUCCGUGGAUCCGACAAGAUGCACAGCCGAAGCUUCCUGUCGAUUGGAUCCUGGGUCGCUAUCUGUCUCGCAGUCUGGGUUGUUGCCUGGAUCGUGGCCGAGUCUAUUCCCGUAUUCAAUGACCUGCUGAGUCUGAUUAGUGCGGUCUUUGGAAGUUGGUUCAGCUUCGGACUCCCUGCGAUCUUUUGGUUCUAUAUGAACAAAGGCCGUUACUUCCAGAACUGGAAGAAGACUGUUUUGACGAUUACCAAUGUUUUGGUCUUGGCUAUUGCCUUUGCUAUUUGUGGGUUGGGAUUGUGGGUGUCAGGAGUCGCAAUUCACGAAGACUCCGUUUCCAGAAGUUGGUCUUGUGACAAUAAUGCGUGA